AUCAUAACAUAAUUAUCCCUAGCGGAGCAUAUGUCAUUCUUAACCCAUCUGCAGCCAAGGGACAACAACUUGUUGGAGGAUUAAUUUAGGGAUAUGCUGGCGAGCAAUGAAAAGUGAUCAUGUAUGGGAAAAAUAAACAAUAAAAACCAUUUACCAUUUACAUAUGGUCCAUAUUUGAUAAUCUGAUGCUGGUCGGGGAUUCACAGUAACACUGGAUAUAAAUGGCGGGAAGGACAGCUGCUAUAACAUGAUGCAGUGUGUUUCUGCUGGCCACCAGAUUGUCGCCCUGGCAAACCUGAAACCUCCAGAGAGCACAGGUGAUGAGUUAGACAGUUAUAUGUACCAGACUGUUGGGCAUCAGGCAUUAGGGCUAUAUGCAGAAGCCAUGGGACUGCCUCUCUAUCGUGCCACUCUGCAGGGCACCAGCUUGGAUACAGGCAGAGCUUAUGCCCCACAGGAAGGGGACGAGGUUGAGGAUCUGUAUCGACUACUGAAGUUGGUGAAGGAAAAGGAGGCUGUGGACUCUGUUUCGGUUGGAGCAAUCCUGUCUGAUUACCAGCGUGUCCGCGUGGAGAAUGUGUGUCAGAGACUCGGCCUCCAGCCUUUAGCUUUCCUUUGGCGUAGGAAGCAGGAAGAACUCCUGGAUGAAAUGAUCUCCUCGGGUCUGAUGGCCAUUCUCAUCAAGGUAGCUGCUUUUGGGUUAGAUCCAGGCAAGCACCUUGGGAAGACACUGGAAGAGAUGAGGCCUCACCUUAAGCAGCUGUCUGACAAGUAUGGUGUCCAUGUUUGCGGAGAAGGAGGAGAGUAUGAGACGCUGACUUUAGACUGUCCUCUCUUCAAGAAAAGAAUUAUUGUGGAUUGUGCAGAGGUGAUGAUGCAUUCUAACGAUGCCUUCGCUCCUGUAGCUUACCUACGAUUAUCAAAGCUUCACCUUCAAGAUAAACUUACAAACCCAGCACUUCCGUUGCAAAGAGAGUGUACCUGUAGUGCUGAAUUCCCUAGAGAUCCACUUUCCUGUGCCACAGAGGAAUGUGAGGAUACUGAGAAACGACCAUUGAUCUGGAUACCCAGCAGUCUCCCUUCAGUGCCUGUGUGUGAAACAUGGGCAAGCUCAGCUCGAUCUCCGAGUGGAUUCCAGUGGAUCAGUGAAAUUAAUACCAAUGGUGGAAAUGUCUUGGAGGCUUCUCACAUGGGCCUCUCUUCACUAAAAGACCAAGCACAAGAGUUGGGCCUGCAGAUGAGUGAUGCUGUGCUUGUACAUCUAUAUGUCAAGAGCAUGGAGGACUUUGCCGAGAUAAAUACAGUAUAUGGGACACACUUCCUAUCUGCUCCCCCGGCUCGGGUGUGUGUGCAGUGUUGUCUCCCCGACAAUGCCUCUCUCAAGAUGGAUGCCCUAUUCUGCCGUCCUUCACGUGCCGACCCUAGCAGUGACUGUGUGCCGGAGAAGACAGCAAUGCAUGUGCAGAGCAUCUCUCACUGGGCCCCUGCUAACAUCGGGCCCUACAGCCAGGCCGUGCGGGUUGGUCCUGGUUUAUUCUGUGCGGGACAAAUUGCACUGAAACCUUGUACCAUGCAGCUGGUAUCUGGGGGGGCUACAGUGGAAGCGCAGGUCUCCCUGCUCCAUGUGGAACGUGUCCUGGAUGCCAUCAACCCCGGAACCACCUUGGCCCACGUGCUGCUUGUUCAAUGCUAUGUAACCAAUCGCUCCUACAUACCUAUCGCCUUAGCUGCUUGGGCUGGCAAAAACGAACAUGAGGCUGAUCUUGCCCCUGUUACAGUGGCGAUAGUACCAAUGCUCCCACGUGGCGCUUCAGUAGAGUGGCAUGUCAUAGCUGCUGUGAGUGACCCAGAGGAGAGGAGACACUUUGCAAUUUGCCAGGAAAAUCUGCCCUACCAGGUGAUGCUUCAUGGGGUGAUAUCGAGCUGUCUCUCCUGUGCCGCCCUCUCACUGUCUCUAAGCUUAGCCCCAAUCAGAGCUGCCCACGAGGUGCGGGACUGGCAUGAAGUCAGCAACCUUAUAGAAAAAGCCCUCCGCAGAGCUACAGAUGAACUUCCCAUGGCCCCCCAUCAACUUGCAGCCCUGUGCUGCAGAGUCUUCUAUAGGGGGGAAGAACCAGACUCACAGAGGCUGCAGGAAGGGCUUCGGACGAUUCUGAAAGAUGUCUGGGCUGAGAAACCUCCAGCGCUGGUACUGGUGCCUGUAUUGGACUUGCCUCGCAAUGAAAUCCUACACUUGACCUUCUGGCUUAGUCUGUAAUGCCAUGAAACAUAAACUGGACUUUCACAAGGAUUCCUUUGGACUCGUUACUUUCUGUUUGGAAGUCACAAGGAAGCUACAGAUGGUUUACACGAAUGGUGUCAAACCUAUGGGCGUCCAGCUGCCAUUGUCUUUGUGGCUGUUGGUUACAGUGUGUUGUGACAGCUCUUAGCCCAGAGGAAAGGCCCUCUUUACUACUUCCAACUGUUGCAGAACUCCCAGCAUGCCUUUGUCAGAUGAGCUGACAGAACGACGGUUGGAAUUUGUUUUAUAGUUGACGAUCGGGAGGACUGGAAAUGGUGUCUUUAUGUAUUAUUUUUAUUAUAUUACACAAUAUCUUGCAACUUAUAUCCUUCUAAAUGUGACUAGUGAUGUCAUCAGUUAUAAACGUUGAGUAGUGAUGUCAUUUUUGUCUCAUAACUCACUAAAACUUGUGUAUUAUAAUAAAUAAAGUACCCCAUUGUUGGAAAAUUUGAGGAUAUAAAAAGUAGCCUCGGAGUUCCAUGACCUGUUAAUAUGGUCAUGGAACUCCUCGGUGACUUAUAAAUAUCCUUAUAUUUUACAAUAGGGGUACUUUAUUCACUAUAUAUUUUAUACACAUGGGCUUAUAACUAUAGUCUAACUGGACCAAACCCUUAAGGCAACAAUCCCAGACCUGUGGCACUAAAGCUGAGUAACCGCAGUAACUUUCUUUCCUUUUCUUUUAAGAAAACAUCAGCCACAGUCUCUCUUCACAUCCUCUCGCUCAGGGGUCCCCAACCUUUUUUACUCAUGAGCCACUUUUAAAUGUACAAAGAGUUGGAGAGCAACAUAAGCAUGCAAAAAGUUCCUGGGUGUGCCAAAUAAGGGCUAUGAUUGGCUAUUGGUAGCCCCUAUGUGAACUGGAAGCCCGUAGGAGGCUCUGUUUGGCAGUGCACCUGGUUUUUAUGCAACUAAAACUUGCCUUCUUGUCUGGAAUUCAAAAAUAGGCACCUGCUUUGAGACCACUGAGAGCAACAUCCAAGAAGUCACUGAGCAACAAGUUGCUCAUGAGCAACUGGUUGGGGAUUGCUGGUCUAGCUCAAUCAUUAGGGCCUAUACAAAUAAAACCAUAGAAAGGUAACCAUUCACUGUAUGUACCUGUAGGCCAAAGGCUGUCAACCAAUGUAUGACCACCUUAACUAAUUCUUAGUAAAUUAGUGAAUGAUUUCCAUCAUGGGAAUGUGAUAGUAGUAUAGAGUAGAAUAGUAUAGUAAAACUGUGCUAUUGCUACACUCCCCCGAGGUGCAUUUUAAUAUAUAUGCUGAUGUAAAAAAAUAUUUUAUACUCCGUCAAAUAAAAGCCUUUAAUUAAA